AGUGGACAAGCCCGUUGUAACGCUGAGGUUGCUGUUAGUGCAGUCCACUCCAACAGCAAUCGGACCUCGGCUGCUUUUCCAUCAAAGAGGAAAGAGUUGGAUCACUUGAACCGAGCAAAGGCGGCAUCAGGAUAAGAUUCAAGGAAAAUCACUUUUCUUCGCUUGUUUUCUUUUUUCGUACCUCUUUCACGAUAGAAUAAUUUGAAGACGGCGAUAGCCUCUUGUUGUUGAACUCCUCCCUCUCCUCUUGACUUGACAACUCCCCAUUUGUUGUUUCUGUCCCGUCCGUUGUUUCCGCGACAACCCCCGCCUCUUACAUCGCAACAACAACAUCACCAACCAAACAAAAAGUUAUUCAACAUGUCGCAGUCCAAGCCCGUCAUCCCCCAAAAUGACAACGUCGCCCACGCCCUCGCCGGCGCCGGUGGUGGCAUUCUGUCCAUGGCCCUGACCUACCCCCUAAUCACCCUCUCCACCCGCGCCCAGGUCGAAUCCAAGCGCUCCGUCGACACCACCUUCCUCGCCGCCGUCCAGAAAAUCGUUGCGCGCGAGGGCAUCUCCGGCCUCUACUCCGGUUUGUCAUCGGCCCUGUUCGGCAUCUCCGUCACCAACUUCGUCUACUACUACUGGUACGAAUGGACGCGCGCCUUCUUCGAAGCCGCCGCCGUCAAAACCGGGCGGGCCUCCAAGAAGCUGACUACCGUGGAAUCCAUGAUCGCCGGCGCCAUCGCCGGCUCCGCGACCGUGAUCCUGACCAACCCCAUCUGGGUGGUUAACACGCGCAUGACCACGCGCAAGGCUGCUGCUGCUGAAGACGAGAAGGACGCUCUACCGGGCGCACCGGCGGCAAAGAAGCCUAGCACUAUUGGCACCCUUUUGGCGCUGCUCAAGAAUGAGGGACCCCAGGCGCUGUUUGCCGGAGUGGUGCCGGCGCUGGUGCUGGUUAUUAACCCCAUCUUGCAGUAUACCCUGUUCGAGCAGAUGAAGAACGCGGUGGAGAAGAGACGCAAGAUGACGGCCACGCUGGCGUUCUUUUUGGGCGCGGCCGGCAAGCUGUUUGCUACGAGCGUGACGUAUCCGUAUAUUACGGUCAAGAGCCAGAUGCAUGUUGCGCCUGGCGAUGGCGGCAAGAAGGAGGGCAUGAUGGAGGCGAUUAAUCGCGUGGUUAGGGAGGAGGGGUAUGCUGGGUUGUACAAGGGCAUCGGCCCCAAGGUCACCCAGUCCGUCCUCACGGCUGCCUUCCUCUUCGCCUUCAAGGACGUGCUCUACGAGCAGACCGUCAAGCUAAGGGGCAGUGUUACUCGCAAGGCCCUUGCCUAGAGGGCUGUGGCACCGCAGCUCGCGAGGUACGCAGCGUACGCUUAGUGGGCGAAGGACGCCAUCUUAUGUCCCUUUCUGCUGUACCAAUUCGACGUCGACAAUCCCUUCGAGCACAUGGACUUCUAGUCUUGGACGAUGAUGAGUGGCUACGAAAUAUUAUCUGAUUGCUUGGCGGAUAUCGUCUCGAUACCCUUUUAUCUUCAGCAACAGCAGCAUAACAAAACAACAACAACAACAACAACAACAGAUGAACAACAACAGUUUCUUGGUUCUACCUACCCAGAAAGGAGUGAGGAGGAAAGAAAGGGGAAAAGCGAAAAAAAGUCAGCGAUGAAGACGCAUGGAGGAUGGAUGUUUGAUACACCCUGUACAAUACACGGGAGGCGAGCGAUGUUGCCGAAGCGGAGAACGCAAAGUUAGGGAGUUUGGAUUAUGAGAGAUGAUGUAAACUACUUUCGUCGUAUUGUCUUUUUUUGAACUUGGUUUGGUUUAGCUCUGAC